GGCAAAGGAAGCGAGGCGCGACACUGCUCCGGGAGCGGAGGGCAGUGAGGACCGCGUAGUGGGCAGAAGCAGCUCCGGCUGCGGAGAGGAGGGCGCGCGGCGCGGAGAGGAGGGGCUUGCGGUUCCGUAGAAAUGUCAAUCAGAGCCCGGAGCCCUGGGAAUCUCCGCCAAUCUGUUCGGACCUGACCUGGCUCCUCGCCGCCGCCGCCGCCGCCGCGGAGCAGAUCAAUAGGCGAGCGCCGAGCGCAGCGCGGGAGGCAGAGCGGCCCCAGCCCGGCCCAGCCACCGAUGCGCGCCGGAGUCCGCGGGAGGCGCUGAGCGGCGCUGAGCAGGGCGGCCCCGGGGGCCGGGCCCCCUCUCCGUCCGUGCCCCGCGGACCACCAUGUCCUUCCCUCAGCUCGGAUACCAGUACAUCCGCCCGCUCUACCCGCCCGAGCGCCCCGGGGCCGCCGGCGGCGGCAGCGUGGGGACCCGGGGCGGCCCGAGCGCCGGAGCCUCGGAACUGGCCGCCUCGGGGUCCCUGUCGAACGUGCUCUCGUCCGUGUAUGGGGCGCCCUACGCCGCGGCCGCAGCGGCUGCCGCCGCCGCCCAAGGCUACGGUGCCUUCUUGCCCUACGCCGCGGAGCUGCCCAUAUUCCCGCAGCUGGGCGCACAGUAUGAACUGAAGGACAGCCCGGGGGUGCAGCAUCCGGCCGCGGCCGCCGCGUUUCCGCACCCGCACCCAGCCUUCUACCCGUACGGCCAGUACCAGUUCGGGGACCCGUCCCGUCCCAAGAACGCCACCCGGGAGAGCACGAGCACCCUCAAGGCCUGGCUCAAUGAGCACCGCAAGAACCCCUAUCCCACCAAGGGCGAGAAGAUCAUGCUGGCCAUCAUUACCAAGAUGACCCUCACCCAGGUGUCCACCUGGUUCGCCAACGCGCGCCGACGCCUCAAGAAGGAGAACAAGAUGACUUGGGCGCCCCGCAGCCGCACCGACGAGGAGGGCAACGCUUACGGGAGCGAGCGCGAGGAGGAAGACGAGGAGGAGGACGAGGAGGACGGCAAACGCGAGCUGGAGCUGGAGGAGGAGGAGCUCGGGGGGGAGGAGGAGGACACGGGGGGCGAGGGCCUGGCAGACGACGACGAAGACGAGGAGAUCGAUUUGGAGAACUUAGACGGCGCAGCCGCCGGGCCUGAACUGGCCCUGGCUGGGGCAACGCGCAGGGACGGUGACCUCGGCCUGGGACCCAUUUCGGACUCCAAGAAUAGCGACUCGGACGACAGUUCGGAGGGGUUGGAGGAGCGGCCACUGCCGGUCCUGAGUCUAGCCCCAGUGCCACCGCCGGUGGCUGCGGCACCGCGGUCUCCGCCCUCGCCUCCAGUCGGCCUGGACCCCUGUGCUCCCGCCCCAGCGCCUGCCUCCGCCCUGCAGAAACCCAAAAUCUGGUCCUUGGCAGAGACAGCCACAAGCCCGGACAACCCGCGUCGCUCGCCGCCGGGAGCUGGAGGUUCUCCCCCGGGGGCUGCCGUCGCGCCUCCAGCCCUGCAGCUUUCUCCUGCCGCCGCCGCCGCCGCCGCCGCGGCUCACAGACUCGUCUCCACGCCACUGGGCAAGUUCCCCACUUGGACCAGCCGGCCUUUCCCAGGCCCGCCGCCCGGCCCGCGCCCGCGCCCGCACCCGCUCUCUCUACUCGGCUCAGCCUCUCCGCACCUGCUGGGACUUCCCGGAUCCGCGGGCCACCCGGCCGCAGCCGCAGCCGCCUUCGCUCGGCCAGCGGAGCCAGAGGGCGGAACAGAUCGCUGUAGUGCCUUGGAAGUGGAGAAAAAGUUACUCAAAACAGCUUUCCAGCCGGUGCCCAGGCGGCCCCAGAACCACCUGGAUGCGGCUCUGGUCUUAUCAGCUCUCUCCUCAUCUUAGUUCUUUUUUUAAAAAAAAAAUUUUAAUCGUUGUAAUAAUUGUAAAAAAAAAAUCGCGCUGUAUAGUUACGACUUGUAAGCAUGUUCGUUGUUAUGAAUACCUAAAAAAGAAAACUAAACAAAGAACAAGAAAUAAAAUAAGUACCCCAGCCCUCCCCAAGUCGCUUCUGUACCCCCAGAUUAGCUGAGUUGUGAGGUAUGUUCGGUUGGUUUGGGGGGGUGGAGUUUCAGUGAGAAUAAGCGCAUCUGAGAGGGAUUUUUUUCUUUUUGUAUAUACAGAAAAAUGUACAUAUGUGUGAACCAAAUUGUACAAGAAAGUAUCUAUUUUUGGCUAAAUAAAUAAGCUGUUGCCAUUUUGACUAUA